AUGGUUAACAUCCUCAUCCUCGGAGCAGCAAGCCCCACUAGCCAAACUCUUUACAAGUCGUUGCCUCGCUCCGGCAACCACUGUGUGUACUGCCUAGCACAAACUCCAGAAAGAGCUCGGCCUCUAGGGGUCAUCUCAAUUCCAGGCGACCUCUUUAACAAUGCGAAAAUUCAGGAAGGAAUCGAAGCGCAUUCUAUCAAUGUAGUCGUCGGUGUCGUCGGUGCCCUAGCUUUUCCGCUACAAGCUCUGCUCGCGGAGCUAAAGAGACUCGGAAGAGCUCGUCUAGCUACUGCUUCUGAUGCCGGAAAGGAGAUUACGAAACUCGGGUUCAUCUACUGCUCAGGGAUUGGGGUUACUCGCGAUAGCAACAAGCCGGACGAAGAUAUAUUCCCCAUCGGACUUCCAAAUUCGCGGAAACCACCCGCUCAGCGGAUAUCGUGGCUCCCGAAAUUUGAGCAAGAUGUUGUGGACGUCUCCGACGUGCUCGCCGUCAUGGUCAUGCGAUCAGCGUUGGUAUAUGGAUACGCCCACCCGAACUGGUCGAGGUUCUUCAAACCCAUCAGCAAGGCUGUACGCUCCGGUGCCACAUCCGUCUCCCUUCCUGCGGAACCACAUAGUCGACCAGGACUUGUCCAUGCGAUUGAUGUAGCAUCUGGGCUCCACGCAGCUAUAGACAAACUGGCUUCCGUCUCCAGAAAUCAUCUGUAUCCCGUCUUCGAUCUGGUAACGAGCCAAGAGAGUAUGAGAGACAUUUCAGAGUCUGCUGCGAAGGAGCUUGGGUUUAAAGGAAAAGUAAAGCUCGUUGGCGUCGGGGAUGAUAGGAUGGCAAAGGCGAUGUGCACGUCUAUAAAUGGUUCUUCAGCGCGAGCGAGAUUGAUCUUGGGUUGGGAGCCAAAGAAAAUUGGAUUUGUCCAGGGGAUGGAUAUCUAUGCAAAGGCUCACGCAGCUUCCAGGUCAUACCAGCUUACGUUCUUGUCGUGGCUUUUAGCUUAA